AUGACCGAACCCAAACCCGACACAGUCUUCGGCAAAUUGCGACCCCAAUUCAUAAAGCCCGGAACGCGAGGACCCAGCGACAUCAAAGCGAUCAAGAGCCUAGGCUGCAUCGUUGAUUGGCCAUUCUUCAACUUCGAAGCCAAACCCGCCCAAACCGCCAUCCCCCAUGCCCGUAACCAGGCUCAACGCGACUGCGGCGCUGUCCUAAAGUCACUCGUCAAACUGAAAGCAUACGUCGAAGGGCGCGGCUACAAGAAGAAGAUUGGUGCAGUCGAAGCCUUCUGGGUCUUACUCGCUUUGCUGGAACCCAGAAAGUUCAUGGAUGAUGAGGAAGGGCGGGCUGCGCUGCGUGCUUACAGGCACAACGUCUUUGACCAUGGCCUCUUCACCCAUGUCUCCGCCAUGGAGAAGAUAUGGGCAAAGGCCGUCAUGGCGGGAAACCCUUCGAUGAGGACUUUGAUGUGUACGCCUGAAUAUCGGGAUAUGUACAUUUGA